AUGCAGACUGCUUCUAUAAAUAUUUGUGAAAGAAUGCAUUUCUCUCAGGAGCUUAGUGAAUUCAAGCGUGGCACUGUGAUAGGUUGCCACCUGUGCAAUAAGUCCAUCCAUGAAAUUUCCUUGCUACUAAAUAUUUCAUAGUCAACUGUUAGUUGUAUUAUCACAAAGUGGAAUCAAUUGGAAUCAACAGCAACUCAGCCAUGAAGUGGUAGGUCAGUGCAUGCUGAAGUGCACAGAAGUUACCAACUGUCUGUACAGUCUAUAUCUAAAGACGUCCAAACUUCAUGUAGCCUUCAAAUUAGUACAACAGUGCCUAGAGAGCUUCAUAAAAUGGGUUUCCAUGGAAAA